AUGGCUUUAGCCAUUUCAUCCACUUCAUUGUCAAGUUUUCCAAACAGAGAGAUAUGUCAAAAGGUUUUACAGCAAGGAACAGCAAGAACUUCAUGGUUAAGUAGAAGAAGAACACUUACGAUUAGAAAUGCGAAAAAAGGUGUGUCGGAUGUUUGUGUACCACUCCCUCCAGAUAGGCCAUUGUGGUUUCCUGGUAGUUCAGCUCCUGAAUGGCUUGAUGGUAGUCUUCCUGGUGAUUUUGGUUUUGACCCUCUUGGAUUAGGCUCUGAUCCAGAGACACUAAAAUGGUUUGCGCAAGCAGAACUAGUGCAUGGAAGAUGGGCAAUGUUAGGAGUAUCAGGAAUCUUAAUCCCCGAAAUACUCGAAGGAAUGGGUUAUGUAAAAAACUUCUCAUGGUACAAUGCAGGUUCAGUACACUAUUUCGCAGACCCGAUAACCCUAUUUAUUGUUCAACUAGCUUUAAUGGGUUGGGUUGAAGGUAGAAGAUGGGCCGAUAUCAUCAACCCGGGGAGUGUUGAUAUUGAGCCCAAGUUUCCAAAUAGGCCUAACCCAAAACCAGAUGUUGGUUAUCCGGGUGGGCUUUGGUUUGAUUUUAUGCAGUGGGGAAGAGGGUCACCUGAGCCUGUUAUGGUUUUGAGGACUAAAGAAAUUAAGAAUGGAAGACUUGCUAUGCUCGCUUUUGUCGGGUUUUGUUUUCAAGCUGUUUAUGUUGGAGAUAGUCCUAUUCAGAAUUUGAUGGCUCAUCUUGCUGAUCCCGGUCACUGCAACAUUUUCUCGGCUUUCACUUCAAGGUAG